UUUUCUUUUGUUGUUGUUUUGAUUUUGGUUGGAUUUUUUCCCUAAGUAUGACAUUCCCUGGAGAUCUGCUCCCAGAAUGGCUGGCACCUAUCUCUCCAUCCAGCUGAGGAAAGCACAGUGAACCAAACCACCAAACCACAUUGGUACACACAGGUUUGAUUUACACACCCAGACACCAAUUCAGGCCUCUUCUCCAUUGCUACAGGAUCUCCAAGGUGCCAGGAGCUGAAGCUGCAGAUCUGUGUGCAAGGCUGGGAUCCAAACCACCUCACUGGUGUCCCCACUGCUUUGAAAAAAAAAAAAAAACAACUAAAUUUCUACUUAAUUUACCUCAUCUGCCUCCUGCUGAGGUCAUGCCAGGCUCUCCCUUUUUAUUUUAACACCCACAGGUAUCACCUGUGUGCUGUCUCCAUCUCCACCUGCAAGUGCAGCUGUGGGAUGAACAUGCAGGUGCAAAUGUAGGUGGGCAUUUUUUUUUUUUUUUGCUUCACUGGCAGGAAAGCAAACCAAGGGCAGCUCCUCCCUGCCCCUGCGAUUUGCCUUCUAGCAGAAUUUCAGCUCUAAGGGGCAGCAGUAUUCAGGGAACGCAGCAAUUCUGUGAAAUCCCAUCCCAGCCCUGCAAUACCCUUUUAUUUCCCAACAAAGCAAGCGCGGCAGAGGCAGUGAAAUACAGAAAGGCAGUGAAACGCAGAACUGUGGUUGGGCAAGGGAAAACAUUAGCUUGAGGGGGGUUUAUCUUUGCAACUUGGGGCUGUCAUUGCUGAAGCAGCUUCAGCUGAGUCCCGGCAGCUCUGGAGCUCCCACUGACCUCAGCUCCGGGAAAGCUUCUCCCCUUCCCGGACCGCGGGUUUUUUUAACUCCAGUGUGGCAGGAAAAAGAGGGAAUUCCUUGGCUCCUGGCAGGGAAUCGGGCUGGCAGGGAGCUGUCGCUACCCGGGCGCUCCUUUGUGUCGCUGCUGCUCCGCGGGUACCAACGGAGGAGGAGGAGGAGGAGGAGGAGGGGAAGAAGGAGGGGUUGAUGGAGAGAGGUCCUGUGGCGACAGCCGAGCCCGAGGCUGCUGCUCCCGGCUCUCUCCCGCUGGUUUGGCCGCUCCAUCCGUGUUUUUGGAAGGAUAUCUGAGGGUCCGGGCGGCGGAGGCUGCACAGGAUCUCACAAAUAAAUUCUGCGUCAAGCCCACGGCUUCUGUGAGGUUUCCACUUGCCCCUAUGGACAAGCUCCAUCCAUGGCAGGGCUUCAGGCUUGACUGAGCCACUGCCUGGUGGCUCACGGGCUUGAGCUCUGAAAGGGUCACUUACAGGUCAAAGCCAGAGCUUUCCAGUGGGCUUUAACAGAUAAAUAACCAGUAUAACUCCAGCCAGUCUUCAGAAAGAUGGGGACCCGCUGCCCAGCGCCAUGAGGACCAACCACUGCAGCCACCUGCCUGGAGUGCCCCCGGAGCGCCCACACCCUCCAGCCCCCGAUGGAAAGAGCCUGCCUGGCAGCAGCGGGGCCCUGGCCACCAGCUGUCCCCAGUAUGUCAUGCAGGUGUCCUCCAAGGAUGGGCAGCUGCUCUCGUCCGUGGUGCGGACCCUGGCCGUGCAGAGCAGCCCCUUCAAUGACCGGCCCAUCUGCAGGAUCUGCCACGAGGGCAGCAGCCACGAGGAGCUGCUGUCCCCCUGUGAGUGCACGGGGACCCUGGGCACCAUCCACCGCAGCUGCCUGGAGCGCUGGCUGUCGUCCUCCAACACCAGCUACUGUGAGCUCUGCCACUUCAGGUUUGCAGUGGAGCGCAAGCCCAGGCCACUGGUGGAGUGGCUGAGGAACCCGGGCCCCCAGCAUGAGAAGAGGACUCUCUUUGGGGACAUGGUGUGCUUCUUGUUCAUCACCCCGCUGGCGACCGUCUCCGGCUGGCUGUGCCUGCGAGGAGCCGUGGACCACCUGCACUUUAGCAGUAGGCUGGAAGCUGUUGGCCUCAUUGCACUCACUGUGGCACUCUUCACUAUUUACCUCUUUUGGACCCUGGUGUCCUUCAGGUACCACUGCCGGCUGUACCACGAGUGGCGUCGGAACAAUCAGCGGGUGAUGCUCCUCAUCCCAAAAUCUGCCAACGUCCCCUGCACCCAGCAGUCCCUGCUGGGCCUGCAGCCCCUCAAAAGGAGCUCCAAGGAGACAAUCGUGUGAUUUGGGGGUGCAGCUGCACACUAAAGGUGGUUUUGGGUUUUUUUUUUUCUCCUCAGACCCGUCAGGGUCGGGCAGCGUCCAGCACCCAGGAAUGUGCAAUUUGGAUUUACAGACUGACUGCAGAGGGAUAAAUCACAGUCAGAGUUCAAGUGGCGGAUGCUGCAGUCAUCUGUGGCACAUUUGUGGCAUCUGCUAAGCUGCCAAGUGUGUUUAGUGAGCAGGGACCCUAUGGAUUCUGCAAAUAUGUUAAUUGUUGCGUCAUCGAGGGAUGCAAACUUUUUUAUUGUUUAAGGUAUUAAACUAUGGUAAUUAACAAUGCAAAACAGGUUUUAAAAGUGCUUUGUUUUUAUGGUUUCUUGUUCCUACAGUGCUGUUGCUUUAGGCAGCUGGACAGUAACCAAUAUUUAUUUCUGCUUCCUAAAGCACAGCAAUGGCAUUUCCUCAUUUGAUUUUAUCUGCAGGUCCAUUAUACCAAUGUUUUGAUUAUUAAAAUCUGUGUAUAAUGAGCUCUAAAAAUUGGCACAUUAUUUAAAUGCUACAAAGUGAUUAGAAAAUUGUAUUACCCAUUUCCUAUUUGGCAGGGAAGAUCUGACAGGAAGAUUCUUCAGUUAUGACUCUAGCAUGCGCAAGAGAAAAAUUACACAAAUUGCAAUAAUCUUCCUGUCAAAAGUAUUAUAGUACAUAGCACUCAGGAAAAAAAAAAAAAAAAAGAUAUUGUACUUUUCCAUAAAGAAGCACCACAUUCUUCAGUGAAGUGCACAUUCUGCUGGUGUGAAUUCAAACUUAGCCAACAUAUCCUGCAUUUAUACCAGGCUGAAUUUAACUCUGCAGCUUACUUUUGUAUAGGGAAAGAUCUGCAUACAUAAUGAAUGAGAUCAUCAGAUAAGUUUUAGAAAGCAGGGACUCAUCUUGCAUGAAGAGCAGCAUUAUUUUAAAGCAGCAGAAACUCCAGCUUGACAGGUAGGAUUUGGCAAAGUGUGUGCAAACCCUGACCUCUUAUGGUAGCACUGAGACCAAAAAAAACCCACUAAAAUAUUUAAUACACAGUCUUCUAUAGUGACCAGAUUGAAUAAUCAGACCUUAUUCCUGGGUGACUUUAUCUGCUUCCCCUUGGUUUUGUGCCUAAUUCAUUCAGCAAUUCUUCACUCCCAGAAGAGACACACUUAUUUUAAAUAACUACACAAAAUCUCAUUACUGAAUGCUGUUGGAAUUAGAAAUCGAUACAGAGCCCCUCUGAACAGAUGAAUUUCUUAGAAUUGUGCAUGGAUGGCAGUGCCAUCAUGUGCUUUGUUUUCCAAAAACUGCAGGAACUGGAAAUCAAAAGGAAGACGUAGCAGCAAGGCUAAUAAUUUGUUAUUCAUAAAGUUCAAGGUAUUAUGGGUAUUUACCACCAGACAAGAAGUUAUUUGAUGUUUUGUGUGUGCUCUGUGGGGGUGAAAAAGCUUAGUACACAAAGCCAGACCUGUUAAAUUUCUUUAUUCUGUCUGUGGACCAGUCUAGCUGUGAGCACGUUGUUUAGCAAUGUUCUUUGUGACUGUCAGUCAUGGGGAUAGGAGAAUCAUGGGGAUAUAAAGCAAUAACAGCCUCAUUCCAACAGAAAGGCACUUACACAAGGAGCCAAGGUGGGCAGGAACGUCAUGAACCUGCAGAUCUGUACUCAUCAGCCUGACAAGGCUGGGGUUGCUCAUGAAUAACUGCUUCUCUUCCUGGGAAAACUAAACAAGGAUCUGAAGAUGAGGAUAUCACAAUCUCUGCGACAGCCUGUAAUGCUUUAUUUUAUUUCAUUUUUAUACCUCUUCCCAACGGUAAAUAAUUAUUUGUAAUGAAGACUGAACAUGCGCUUAAGCGGAAUUCCAGAUUUUAAAAAAAUAUCUGCUGGCUAUCUGGGGCAAAGAAAUAAAGCAAAUCUAGCUGGGUCGGGAUGCUGUCAGUGUUUUAAUGCCUACAACACAUACUUUAGGUAACGUUGAUUCAGAACUUUAUUACUGUGCUCAAAUUCUUUGAGAAUUGUUAUUCUUAGUGAGUGCUAUUGUUGGCUUUGCCUCAUGAAACCAAAAAUCAGUGUGAUAGAGAAUUCAGAGGCAAAGCAUUCAGGGAAACAUUUAUUUAAGUGAAGCUGCAAGGUCUGUGCACAGAGAUCAGCACAGUGGCUUGGCCCAGCUCAUCUGUGCUAUUUCAAUUUUUUUUUUAAAUUUGUUUCUUGGGUUGGUUUUUUUUUGUGUGUGAAGACAUCUUUACUGAAGAAGGCAUAUUGAAGCAGACAGAUUAAAAGUAUGGUCCAGUUUAGCACACACAUCACUAACCCAGCUCCUGUGCUGGAUGCAGCAGCACAGCAGACCUGUCUGGUGAAGUCACAGCAGUGUCCCAUGGUUUUUCUUGAGGAAAAAAAAGAGUGGCAGAAAAAAUCCAGUCAGACACUUACCAUUGCAUUAAAACCAUGGAACCAAAAAAAAAAAAAAAAACAAAACACAUACUUGUAUUCUUCCUUGUUUUUCCUAAAACACAAGAACUGGGAGGUGAGAGAUAUUACUUCUUAAUCCCACUGCUGCUCUGAAGAUUUACAGGCAGAAGGAUCUCCCAGAUGGGAGCUGAUUUUUCUUCCACGAAUUGAUGCCACACCAACCCCAAAUUUCCACAAAAUACUGGAUUAUUACAGCAGAUUAUUAAAAACAGGUUAUUACAGAAUAUUUUCUACAAUAGCAGCAACACCCAUUUCUGUCUGAAUAAAAGUGAAAAGCCAAAAUUAACCACAGCAGAAGCCACAGCCAGCAAAGCUCCUGGCAGUACAAUGACACCUUUGUUAUGCUCUCCUUAAAAUUAAUUAAAGAACAUAAUUAAUGACAGAAUGAGUGACCAUUUUUUAAUGUGUUUCAAAUGCCACUCAACUUCUCUCAGCAACUCUAUGCUUUCUUCCCAUGCAGCUGACCUUGUAAUUUACAUUCCUUUUUCAGAUAAGAAGUUACAUGUAAGGAACAGCAUUCAACAGUAUUUGAGCCAGUAUUUUAAGUUGCAAAUGAUAAAAGCAGCCUGUUCUGAUCCAGUGUGGUGAGUGUAAUGCAAAAUGAGGAAGUUUUACCUUUUUUUGGUAGUCUUUCCCCUGCAGGACUUGCCUAUCACAUUACAUAAAGAUUUAGAAAUACCCCAGUUUUCUGUUCAGCUGGAAGGAAGUCACAACAGAAGCAGUUAUUGAAGAUACUUCAGUUUUUGGUGUUUGGGGUUUUUUUUCCGUUACUCAGCUGAACAGUUCUGCCUGACUGAGACCUCAAAAUGUCAUUUACAUUUCAUUUAUUUAAACCAGCUUUGCACCAGUACAAAGUCACACAGGGCAAAGUGACAGCUCUGCAUAAAGGGACCCAGAGCCAAUAAAUGCAACUGGCCUUUGAUGCAAUGGGAACCAUCAGAAAGAGGUCUGAGAACAGAUUCUGGGACAGACUCGUGCACUAAGAGAGCUAAAGAAGCUCUCCUUUUGAAACAAACAGAAAAACCCAAUCUGUUAAGAAUUAAUAUCUUUACUUGUUACUUUUUGUGAGAUGGCGCCUCAUUUAACACAGAACUGGUUAAUUAAAGAAGCAUUUUCCUUGCAAGCAGAA